AUGACUAAGAAUGAAGGCGAUGGAGGUCUAUCACAAAGAAAGAAUAAACCGCGUGGUCGUCCGCAACCUUUUUCACAUUUACUUGUGUGUGACUUCGAGGCGACGUGUGACGCUGAUAGUGCCGGACUGUACCCACACGAGAUCAUUGAGUUUCCGGUAGUGUGCAUUGACACCGCACAACUUGCUGUUGUAGCUGAGUUUCACUCUUAUGUUCACCCAGUGCGCCGUCCGAAACUCACCGCUUUUUGUAAGGAGCUGACUGGCAUCACCCAAUCGGUAGUUGAUGACGCACCAACUCUGCCGGAGGUGAUUCAAAAAUUUGGUCAAUGGGUUCGUGAAGUGGUGUAUCCUCUUUGUAAAAUGUGGAAACAACAGUAUCCUCCUUCUCAGCUGGCAAGCAACUGUCUGGGUGAUUUGGGAAAAAAAUUCAAAUAUGACGAGAAAGACAAUAAAGAGUGGGUGGGUUGCGAACGCAUGGUUUGCUUCGCCACCGACGGUCCGUGGGAUAUGCGUAAAUUCAUGCAUGAAUGCAGCGUGGUCCGCGAUGGCCACAUUUUUCCGCCGCUUUUCUACCGCUGGGUGGACGUGCGUAAGUGCUUCAAACAACACUUCAACAAGUGGCCGCGGAAACUGGUCGACAUGUUGCGGACGUUGCGUCUCGAUUUCGAGGGCAAACAACACAGUGGAAUUGACGACUCCCGAAACAUUGCGCGUAUCCUCAUCGAGUUGAUGCGCCGCGGUUUCUUUGUGAAACGCGUUAGUACGAUCGAAUACAAAUGUCCAAUGGAUGUUGGUGGAGUGAUCCUUACACAAGAAAUGCGGGAACUCUGUGAUGAGGAAAAUGCAAAAGCAAAGCAACGACACCUUCGCGAGUAA